GGUAUAUUCACUUGGCCAACACAGACUGUCUGCGAACUCGUAAUAGAACUAAAAUAAGAAAAAAAAAAAUGAAAUCAUGACCUAACUUUAACCUGGUACACAUACUACGGGAGUACCAUUUUAUUAGCCAUUCAGCAAACGAAGACAAAGAAAUAAAAAUGAGAAAAAUAAAAAAUAUACAUACAUAAAUACUCAUGCUUUUUCUGGAAUGGACAGUGUAACUGCGAACUAAUUGGCUUACUAGUCAGGGGUUACCUCAGAACAGUGGUCUACAAAGAUUUGUAAGUGAGGCCCAGAUAGUAACAUAGUAAAGGUUUCUAUGCACAACAAUUUUGUUGGUAAUUUCAAAUUUACUCACAUAAUAAACUUCUUAAUGGACAUUUAAUUUGCUUAGUUUAAAUGCCCACAGUUUGCAGACCACUGUAUUAGAAUGAAUGCUUGUGUAAAAAUUAAAACACAGAAUUUGUCAGAAUUACUAAAUUGAGAAAAAAUUAACCAUUUUGAGGCGAUAACAGCAAUUAUUAGUAACGUUCAUCAUGAACACUAAUUUAAAAUCAAUUUAUCAUACCUUUUCUGUAAUGGAAGCAUAAAUAGUACAAUAUUUACGAGAGAUACUACUUUAUUUUGUUGCACUAUGGCUCAAGCUCCAGCUGGCUUAUAUUCAAGACUUGAUCAAGCUGUUGAACCAGAGACUGGAACAACAAGCCCCCAACAGGGCCAGGUUAUCUCGCCACCUCAGCAGGCAACAACCAAGUCGACCCAUCGGAAGAAGCUGAGAGAAAAAUACAAACUUGUUUUGUAUCGACUUGGAGUUACUGAAAUUGUUCUUGGCGUUUUAUCUGUCGUUUUGUGCAUCGUUACAUUGAUCAUCGCAAGCACAAAGAAGACUUAUGUCUAUCACGAACGAUGGACUAACAAUACACAAGUUUCUAAGAUCCAUUAUAGCAUUACGUAUGCUUCUCAGGGAAUAUGGUGCGGUGCUAUUGUUAUUGCAUCUGGAAUUCUUGGAUUCAAAGUUAGAGGAAAACCUUUCGUCUGUCUUUAUAUUGCGAACAUGAUUGUCAGUAUUGUAGCUUCUUGCUUCAUGGCUACGUUGUGUAUAAUGUCUGUGAUAUGUGCUGGAGACAUUCACCCACGUGAAGGAAAUGGAGGCAUCAUUGCUGUUCAUUGUAUUUUGGCUAAUAUUGGAUUUGCUGGAAUGAUUAUUUGUAUUAUUCAUAUUGGAUACUGCUGUACUAGUGUCUAUUGCGGAAAGAAACUGCAAGGUGUGGUUGAAUACGCAGCAUACCCUGCUUACGUGCAACAACAAAUGGUUCAGCUCACAAACGGCCAAUUCAUUAUGAUACCUGCUCAAAGAUAUGUGCCAGGAACUUCGUAUAACCCUGGUGCACACACCCUGGUGCACAUACGCCUGCUGGCUUCAAACCAGCAAAUGAAAAAUAAGAUCAAAGUUAUUUAAGCUGA